CAACUGGCUAUCAUUUUCUCUCUCAUCAAUGGAAAUGCUGAACAGCAGUUCUUCUUCUUCGUCGCAGCAGCAGCCGCCGGUGAAUAAUGAUUCCGAUCAACAUCAGUUCUACUCUUCUUUCGCCGAUAAUUUCUAUGCCAACGGGUGGCCUAUGAUUCAAAAAGCUCAAGAUAUGUACGCUGAAAACCAACACCUGCAAGAACACGGCGGCGGCGGCGGCGGCGGGGGUUCCGUUUUCGCCACGGCGGCAUACAUGCAGCCGCCGAAGCUGGAAGAUUUUUUCGCCGGCGGCGGAGACUCGACAGAGACGCAGGACGACUCGUCCUUGACCCACAUCUACGACCACCACAACCACCACCACCACCACGCCGCCGCAUACUUCAGCAGCAACGAGCACCAAGAUCUGAAGAGUACUACUUACACCGGGUUCCAAGCGUUCUCGGCGAACUCGGGCUCGGAGGUGGACGACUCGGCGUUCGGAGGCCAGACUCAGUCGUCGCCGAUUGAGUCACCCGGCGGCGAUUUGGUUGUCUACUCGCACUGCCCCGUCGCAGCCGACGCCAUUAACAACAACGCUCUAUCUCUCGGAGUUAAUUAUAAUAACAACAACAAAAAGGCAGGCGCCGCCAUUGUUGCUGCUGAAUCGGAGGGCUGCAAGAAAAUCGCAGAUACUUUCGGACAAAGAACUUCCAUUUACAGAGGUGUCACUAGGCAUAGAUGGACGGGAAGAUAUGAAGCGCAUCUAUGGGACAACAGCUGUAGAAGAGAAGGCCAAGCAAGAAAAGGCCGUCAAGUGUACUUGGGUGGUUAUGACAAGGAAGACAAGGCGGCAAGAGCGUACGAUUUAGCCGCUCUCAAGUACUGGGGUGCCACCGCCACCACUAACUUCCCGAUUUCAAAUUAUACCAAAGAACUCGAGGAGAUGCAGCAUGCAACUAAACAAGAAUUCAUAGCCUCGCUUAGAAGGAAAAGUAGCGGUUUUUCAAGGGGAGCAUCGAUAUAUAGGGGUGUUACAAGACAUCAUCAACAAGGUCGAUGGCAAGCAAGGAUUGGUCGUGUUGCGGGGAAUAAAGACCUCUACCUUGGAACAUUUGCGACGGAGGAGGAAGCGGCGGAGGCGUACGACAUAGCGGCCAUAAAAUUCAGGGGACUAAACGCCGUCACGAAUUUCGAGAUGAACCGUUACGACGUGGAAGCCAUCGCCAAAAGCCCUCUUCCGGUUGGUGGUGCCGCAAAGCGCUUGAAACUCUCCCUCGAAUCCAAUGAUAUGGACGACAAUCUCAACCAUCCUUCAAGCACCGCCGCCGCCACUCAAACCACCACCAAUAUUAGUUUCUCCACCACCGUGCAACACCCGGGCUCUGCCCUCUACCCGUACGGAGUGCCGUUCGACACGACAACGGCGGCGGGGGCUCCGUUCUACCACCACAACCUCUUCCAACACAACAUGAACCACCACCAACACCACGUGGGCCCCACCGAAGCCGCUUCGACGCAACCACCUAUGAAUCACAUGAUGAUGCAGUCACCCCAGGAGUUUUUCAUCUGGCCCCACCAAUCGUAUAAUUAAUGAUAUGACAUGACAUAAGCUCUCUAUAGUUUGUUAGCUACAUUAAUAGGUCUUAAUUCUACUAAUCGUCUUUUUUAACAUGUAGCUUGGUAUCGAUGUCUCGAUAAGUUUACGGUUUUAGUUUGAUUAUAGGGGUUUAAGGUUUUUUAUUUAAUUUUUAGAUGUAAUGUUGAAUGUAUGAUAGGAGGAGGCGCUUCUUUGGUAUGGAUUAAUUUUCAACCUGUUUUCCAUUGCCACAUAAGGGUGCAACCUUUGUUGAACUAGAUCAAUUUUGUUGAAUUGACAUAUAUAAAGUCCAUACUUAUUAUUAA